UUUCCUGGAUUUGACUUAAGAACAAUGGGGAUCCAAGGUUUGCUCCAAUUUAUUAAAGAGGCUGCUGAAUCUGCUCAUGUAAAGAAAUACAAAGGACAAGUAGUUGCUGUGGAUACUUACUGCUGGCUCCACAAAGGAGCCUAUGCAUGUGCUGAAAAACUAGCCAAAGGAGAACCCACAGAUCAAUAUGUAGCUUAUUGCAUGAAGCUUGCUGAUAUGCUUCUGUCAUUUGGGGUCAAACCCAUUCUAGUAUUUGAUGGCUGUACCCUGCCUUCCAAAAAGCAAGUUGAAAAGUCACGACGAGAAAAACGGCAAGCAAACCUCCUGAAAGGGAAACAGCUGCUCCGUGAAGGGAAAUUAUCAGAAGCCAGAGAAUGCUUUGCACGUAGCAUUAAUGUUACGCAUGCUAUGGCCUGUGAAGUGAUUAAAGCUGCCCGAGCCCGGGGAAUAGAUUGCAUUGUUGCUCCAUAUGAAGCGGAUGCUCAGCUCGCCUACCUUAACAAGACUGGCUUAGUCGAAGCUAUAAUUACAGAGGAUUCUGAUCUUCUUGCUUUUGGAUGUAAAAAGGUAUUUCUGAAAAUUGACAAGUGUGGAAAUGGCUUAGAAAUUGACCAGACUCGGCUUGGAAUGUGCAAACAACUUGGUGAUGUGUUUACAGAAGAGAAAUUCCGUUACAUGUGUAUUCUGUCUGGUUGUGACUACCUUCCAUCUCUUCAUGGUAUUGGAUUAGGCAAAGCUUGCAGGCUGAUAAAAAUAGCCAAUAACCCUGAUAUUAUAAAGGUCAUUGGGAAAAUGGGGCAGUAUUUGAAGAUGAAUAUUUUGGUACCAGAAGAAUACAUACAAGGAUUUACUCGUGCUAAUAAUACUUUCCUCUAUCAGUUGGUUUUUGACCCAGUCAGGAGACAGCUUGUUCCUUUGAAUGCUUACGAAGAUGGUGUUGAUCCAGAAACACUGCUUUAUGCAGGAAAGCACAUCGGUGAUAGUGCUGCUUUUCAAAUUGCACUUGGAAAUAAAGACAUCAAUACAAUGGAGCAAAUAGAUGACUACGACCCUGAUGCUCCACAGUCUGUACAGCCCAGAAGUCGUGGCUGGGACGACAAAUAUGCCAAAGACCAGCCACCCAAUUUAAAGAGCAUUUGGAGCAGAGACUACAAACCUGGUUCCACCGCCAAGAUUACAACAAAUUCAGCAUCAGUGUUGGAGAAACCCACAACCAGAGGCCUGGAGCGACUAGUGAACAUGAAAGGGCUGAAGCUUCCCAGCAAAGCACUAUUGGCAAAAAGACCAAGGCAUGAAGAUCUGUCAGAAGGUGACCUGCUAAGCCAGUAUUUUUCAAACACUAAAAAACCUAAGGUGGAAAGCAGUGAAGAUGGUGAGCAUCCUGGGUUUGUUGGUGCAGUGUCUGUGAUUGCUGCUUCAGAGGACCCUUGCAGAGACAAAGAAAGUCCAAACUCUCAUCCUAGGCUUAGAAAUAAAUUUGCCUUCACCUUGCGGAAGAAGAAUGAAGAGAGUGACGCAGUUGUUGUUGUUCCUGGGACUAGAAGCAGGUUCUUCUGCAAAGUGAUGGAUCAGCCUGACAAUAUAUCAAAGGGUGAAAUCCAUGAGUCACCACAGGACAGCGAAGUGGAUUCUCAGGUUGUGGAAGCAGGAAAUACAGUAACAGAGGAUCUUGCGGCUUCCUCUUCAGAGAGUGGAAAAACUAGAACUGCCUUGCUGUCACCCAGGACAACACAGACAAGCUGUUUCAACUGGACUAGAAGCUUUGCAGAUAGACCUGGGACACCCAGUCCAUUGCAAAGUAUAGCAUUGCUACAGCAGUUUCGCCGACGCACACCCAGCAAAGUCACACCCCAGAGUUGUGAGGUAUCCGGAUCACAAACACUAAACACCACAGCAAGUAAAGAGUUGGAUGAAGAGUCUUCCCCUUUAAAAGAACCGCAGCAUUCAUCAGAGCAGGAGCUUGGCAGAGUGUCACAAAAUAGCCUGGGCACUUCAGAAUAUUCACGGAUGACCAAGAAAAAUGCUCCUUCUGGCAGAGAACCUGACUGCAGUCCGGAACCAGAAUGUAAUUUGAAUUCCCGAAUCUUUCAGUUCUGUGACUCAUUGUGUACUGAAAACAAGGAUAUGGAGUUCAAUAGCAAGGUUCCUGGAUUACUUAAAGCCAGUUCUGCGAAAUCCCACGCUGUGACAGAACACAAGAGAUUGCUGCCUGCCAAAGUUAGUGGUCUGAGCAAGAAAACAGCCAGUGCAAAGAAGAAAAAACAUCACAAUGCUGAAAAUAACGCAGGGUUGCAGGUGACAAUUAAUGAACUGUGGAGGACCUUCCAGUUUAAAAGGGAUUCUGAAAGGCUACCGUCCUGUAGAAAACCAGAGCCACUGUCUCCAAUCAAAGAUAACAAAGAUAACAUCCAGCUCACUCCAGAGACAGACGAUGACACUUUAAAUAAACUUGAAUUCAGUCAUGUACAGCGGAAAAUCUUUAAAUGAACUGAUCUUGCAGAUCUGAGCAAAACUAAUAGCCAUCGACCAACGUAAUGUCCAGGCACAUUUGCUUCUGGACACACAAAUCCAAAUUAACAUUUGUAUAUAUUUGGAUGUGAGCUGUAUAUUUUAGUCUUAUCAGAGGUCUUGUCCGCUUCUGUUUUGAAAGAAGUAAAAUGAACUACAGUGUUUAUAUUUGCUAUAAUAAAAUAAAAUUGGCU